AUGCAGUCAGAUAGCAUGCCGUGUCUAUGCUCGCGCUCGCCGCUCGAGAGUGGUGGGAGUGACUACCAGAUUGGACCAUCGACGCUAGGACUUGGUUCUUUGGGCGACCACGCCAGUUAUGCGAGGAGAACUCCAGAUGAUAUACUGCACGACAGCUUGAAUCAAGAACAGCUUCAACUUCACGCAGUCGCAGCCCAUAGUCCCCAUGUAACGCCGUCCACGACCAGAUACGCUUUCCCCUUCCAGGCAGAGAUGAUCGUCGUGCCAGUGGGCACAUUGGCAGAGACAGGACUUUCUUCACAGGACUUGCCGCUACGCACAUCAAUACCCGCGGAGUUGACGGCCGUAUACGACGUCAGACCACCACAAUAUGAAUGGACGCGGCAGCUGUUAUUCUUGGAAGACGAGCUACCUGUGACGCACAGUGAGGACCGAAUGAGUACGUCAACCGAGAAUACCUUUGUGAACGAGUCUAUAAUCGACGGCGAAACUGUACAAUGCACGCCGAAGUUCGACUAUUUGAAUGUCGCAAUCCCUGUUGGAGGACUCCUUGUCGCAGACGAGGCAUUCCUCUAG